UCGCCUUCCUCCUCCUCCUCCUCCUCCUCCUUCCUCUCGGCGCAAGCUGCCCCUUCGCCGGCUUCAAUGAAACUGGCAGCGAUGAUCAAGAAGAUGUGUCCCAGCAAGGCCGAGCUGAGCAUCCCCGCCAAGAACUGCUACCGCAUGGUCAUCUUGGGCUCCUCCAAGGUGGGCAAGACAGCCAUCGUCUCGCGCUUCCUCACCGGCCGCUUCGAGGAGCAAUACACGCCCACCAUCGAGGACUUCCACCGCAAGUUCUACAGCAUCCGCGGCGAGGUCUACCAGCUCGACAUCCUGGACACGUCGGGCAACCACCCCUUCCCAGCCAUGCGCCGCCUCUCCAUCCUCACAGGAGACGUGUUCAUCCUCGUGUUCAGCCUGGACAACCGGGACUCCUUUGAGGAGGUGCAGCGCCUGAAGCAGCAAAUCUUGGAGACCAAGUCGUGCCUGAAGAACAAAACCAAGGAGAACAUAGAGGUGCCCCUGGUCAUCUGCGGCAACAAGGGCGACCGGGACUUUUACCGGGAGGUGCAGCCCCGGGAGAUCGAGCAGCUGGUGGGAGGGGACCCCAAAAAAUGUGCCUACUUCGAGAUCUCGGCCAAGAAGAACAGCAGCCUGGACCAGAUGUUCCAGGCGCUCUUCGCCAUGGCCAAGUUGCCCAGUGAGAUGAGCCCCGACCUGCACCGCAAGGUCUCGGUCCAGUACUGCGACAUCCUGCACAAGAAGGCGCUGAAAGGCAAAAAGCUGCUGAAAGAAGGGGGCCGGGGCAGCACGGAGGAGGCGUACGGCAUCGUGGCCCCCUUCGCCCGGCGACCCAGCGUCCACAGCGACCUCAUGUACAUCCGGGAGAAAGCCAUCGGCGGCGGGCACGGCAAGGAGAAGGACCGCUGCGUGAUCAGCUAGGAGCCCCCGCUCGCCCCGCGACGGGAAAGAAGGAAGGAAGGAAGGAAGGGAGGGGGGAAAGAUGCUCGUUUCCGAACUGACUUUGGGCAGGCAGGAGGGUGGGCAGGCACCCACCCGGGCAGAGAGGGGGUCGCCUCUUCCCUGGCCUCCCCUCCUCCCGAGGGAUCGCUUUCAUCGGCUCCCUCCCUCGGGGGUGCAUUUUGGGAGCGAGGGAUGCGAAGGGGGAGGCUUUGGAGGGCAGGAGGGGGGAGUCACUGGGACCAGCCUCCUCCGGGCAGAGAGACAGGGAAAGGCUGAGCUGCCGGGCGGCCAGGCGGGAGGAUGAGCGGGGAGGGCACAGACCUUGGUUUUUCUUUCCCUCCCAAACCACCCAGCCUCGAGCACUGCCUUCAGGAUGGAGGGCAGAGGCCCGCCAGCGCCUGCUUGGGGCUUUGGGGUUGUUUUUUUAUUGGUUUGUUUUCUUUUUUUUAACUUGAGAAGCUGUGCACGGACUCUGGCUCUGUGUCGUGUGUUCAUCUAUGUCUGCAGAACACGUGCAGAAGACACUCCUAAGCUGUUGCAAAGACAUGGCGGAGUUACAGCCCCGAUGG